ACAGUCAGUGUCAUUUGGGCUGUGGUAGGGGGAAGGUGGAAGCUCGCGCUGCUCCGAUCCUACUCUUCUCCACUUUCCCUAUACUCCUCCCAGAUUCGCUGGGUAGAAGACAGUGUUGAUCUUGGUCUCCAUCUACGGUGGAGAUGCGCGGUGAAACUGCGCAGCCAAUCUUCUUGAUGAACUUCAGCAUUAGGCCUGCAUGGUGAAACUGUACAGCAUAACUAUAUGAUCAAAGUGGGCAUUUUACCUGUUUGGUGAAACUACACAGCAGCCCGUCUGAUGAAACUGUGCAUUUUACACGUUUUGUGAAACUGCACAGCGGACCUGUCUGAUGAAACUGUGGAGAGGACAUACAUAGUGGAACUCCUCAGUAAAUAUACACGGGAAAACUGGCGCACAGAUAUACGGGUUGAAAGUGCGCAGCGAAUUUUCAUGGUGGAAUUGUGCAACGGAAAUACAGGGGGCAAAUACGGAAUGAACCUAGGCAGAAGAUAUUCAUGAUGUAACUAAACUUCAAACAUACGUGAUUCGAUUGAAAAGCUAAACUUAUUUUUGCAACUGCGCAGUUGACAUUCCCGAAAACUUGCGCAGUUGUAGAACAUUGAGAAACUGCGCUCCUGGUAUAUAUGGGAUAGUUGUGCGCCGGUGGUCUACUUGGUUGACCGUUACUGUUAAAUUAGUGAUUUGGCUGGAGGAAACUGCGCAAUGGGCUUCUAUAAAACAUGGAGUUGGAGUUAUGUGAUGAAGAAUGGAUUUUGCGGCAAAAUAGUUAAUUUGUUUACGAAAUGAAACUGCGCGGUUAGCAUGUCUCUCAUAUUCUCUGAGGAAGUACAUUAUGAGGUUUUGUGGUGAAAUUAAACAGUUAACUGAUGAAGUUUUAUUUUCUAAACAAAAAAACUGCACUGUUGAUUUCUUUGAAUAAGCCGCUCAGCGAAUUUGAUGACACAGUUAGACUUCAGGUCUUAUGCUAUGUUGCUGAACAGUUUCUGCCUUUUGAAACGUAACAGCAGCCGAACCAGACCAAACAGCUGUCUGCUGAAACUGCACACUAAACCAAUGUCUGCUGAAACUUCUGAAACUGCUGAACCUUCAUGACGAAAUUGCUCGUGACGAGGUUGAAUUAUAAUCUGCAAGUGAUGAGGACAAACUGUGCACUUGAGCUACUGUCCUUAAGUUGGGAUAAUGUGUGAGACCGCGCAGCUUUCAUGUCAGAACUGCGGCUCUGUAAGGUUUACCAAUUGCGCAUCGGAGGAAUGAGAAUCAUCCGCGCAUUAUCAGAGAUUAUAUACACACAGACAUCACAAUAACGUGAUAUAUAUCACGUUAUCCUCAUCAAGGAGGAUAACAUCAAGGCCCUUGUGAAUUUGAUCAGAGAUUAUAUGUAAGGGUGAACAUAUUGGGCUUUGUGUGAAUAUUAAUUAGAAAUGCCGUGGGCCGGCGUAGCAGAUGAUGUGUGUCGGGACUGUGCAGUAGUGAAAGGAAAGUGAAAAACACUGCUAGUAAAUAUUGGAUGUGUGCAUUGGUAGCGUGUGUUUGCGCUGUGUUGGAGAGUGGGAUGAAAUUGCAUUGUGGGGUGGUGGUGCGUGAUGGUACUACAGUGGUGGUACAUUAGAGCUAUACAGUAGUGGUGGUGCGUGAAAUAGAGAUUCACAGCGGUGAUGGUGCGUGCAUUAGUGUUUCAUGAUGGUGGUGAUGCUCAUUAUAGUUCCCCAGUAUUGGUGAUGGUGUUUGUUAGGGUUCCGUAGUGGUAGUUUUGAUGUAUGAUAGGGAUUCACAGUAGUGGUAGUUUUGUUAAUUUGGCUCCAGAAGGACGGUGAUUGGAUGACUUAGUGCUCGCAGUUGUGGUGGUUGAAUAUGCGCAGUGAAACAAUAGAGGUGGUGGUAGCGUAAAGUACGCGCUGGGAGUAAUACAGCGCCGAGUUGCAAUUACUUGUUGAGCUACGCUGCGGUGGUCUCGCUGGGAGUGUGGAGAGCGAAACUGCGCGCUGGAGAAGUGUAGUGACAGUGCGCAGUCGUGGAGGUGCGCAGUUGUGGUGAUGGGGUGGGCGCGGGCGGUGGUGGCUGUGGUGUUGAGUAUCAUAUCUCUGGGUAUACUGAGCCUCCACGUCGCCCUCUGUGUCCACUAUCCAUCCCCACUCUUCGCCGUCACCCUACUUCUCAACCCCUCCCUCUGGAUGUUCCUGGGCGCAGCAGGGAUGGGGUGUGCCCUUGCGCUGACGUACAGGGAGAGACAGAGGAAGGUCCGGGCCGCUCUCUGUACCACCUGCCACGCCCGCUACGGCGCCACCAUCGACUCCAAAUGCCGUGGUCCUGACAGCCAGUGGCGGGAUGGUGGACACUGCCAGCGGGGUCCCUCCAGAGCCAUCUACUCGUACAACGGCAACUCUCACAAGUUCUACGCUUCUUACGGAACUAUUAACGAAAAACAGACCAUAAAAACUAAGCGUCCGUCUGUGCUCGGAACGACUACAGGUAUCCACUCCCCGACGGAGACGCUGAAACUGAACGAAACUACUCCAUUGAAUACCAACCGGAAGCCACCGACGAGUUGUGAGCCAGUAAAUACAGUAUCAAGUAAUAAUGACACCAUCAGUGCAGCUCAAAGCAAAAACUCGGAUGAAAGUGUUGAGCUUCAACAGAGACCGGAACUUAAGUCGAAUUCUGAGCCUAUGGAAUGGACUGGUGACGAUCAGGCAUUAGAGGUCAAGAGCAAUGAUACGUUGGCAUCGCCGUCCCUGUCCCAGGAGGAUAGAGACGAUGCAGGCAGCGUCGUUGAGUCUCCAGAAAUUCAUGAGAUGAACCAGCAGGCGAGUAGAGUGAACCUUUCCGUCCGACCCAUUACAGAGGUUACCCCGGCGCUGACAGUCAACAGUGAUGUAUCUGGUGAUGUGACCAGCGACUCUAGGACGUCGUCCACAUCACUGGAGGAGCGGCUCCCGUGUGACUGCCUCGCUAGGUAUGCUAUCAUGGACUAUAGGAGCAGGCAGCAGCUCUACAGAACAGCGACCUACGGUCCUACUGUCCGCCGUCACCACUACACGCAUCCCGAGAUUCGUGCUGUCGGGAGAUACAACAAAAAAUUGUUAAUGCAUUGUAGAUUACGAGAUCCAAAGGAUGUCCCUAUUGAACUGUUCACCGCGAAGCAUAGUUCUGUUAAGAAUUGUUCAGCUGAUCAAAAUGUCACACCCGACGAAGUUGUAGGUUGUGGGUGUGGUGACGUUUUUAGUGCGUCCCGCGAGACUUCGGACAACCAGACAACAUACACAGCAUCCGAGCAUCACACUGGUGACCAACACAUUGAUAAUAACCCACGAACAGAUCAUUUAAAGUUUAACAACAAUACUUCCACAGACAAAGAAAGAACACAAGAAAUAAAUGCCAACAGUGAGCCUGUCUCUCCGCAAACCAGAUUAUUCACCUUGGGGAAAGUGACAGAUGAAGCUGCCUAUUAUCCUACUACCACAAAACUCCUGCCUGUGAAACACUCUCCUCCGUCCCCUAUACAAACACCCACGACGGGGCAGGAUACUGCCUCGCCUCCAUCCGUCGCCUCGGCAAGUGUACCUCAGAACCUCACACAAGACCGCAGGUCCCACCACUCCACUCAAGGUCCCAUCCGCGAAGACAGUGUGGACUCCUGUCAGGCCCAAGACCCCAAGUGUCGGGACUUGGACGAUGCUUCAGUCUCAUCUGAGAGCGGCUUGCUACCAAGUAGCAGUAAGGCGUCCUCGGUGGGUCGUGACUUCCUAAAAUCCCCGUUGUGGCGGUCGUUCCGGGGUGUGAAGAAGGACGUUAAGGCAGCUUCUGGUGGUGACUCCGACCAACACAGAGAGAGCGGCCAGCUUCAGCCUGAUUCUGACGCGCCUCAGCCUGAGAGCAGUGGGAGCCAGCAUCGGUCUGGUCAGCACCGCCUUAAGUCACUCUUAUCCAGCAGCAGGAGAGCUCUCACAAGACCCAAACGAAUGCGUUUCUCUGGAGCCUCCGAGCGAAGGACACCCUUGAGAUUCUCCCAGGCAUCCCCAUCAACUUUCUCUUCUUCAAGAGACACUCCAACUUCCAUGACAACACUCAAAGAAAGAAGAUCCCCAUCUUUGACCUUAACGAUGAGGAAAUCAAAGAUUACUGCAUCCUCUUCAUGCAAGAAUGGAAGUACCUUUGCAUCACCAUUGCCUUCAUCACCAGCCAGGGCUGUGAAGUCCUUAGUGAUGAGAAAUAUACACAGAACUACUGGACGGUCUAGUAAGAGUAGUGGACCAGUCCUAACACCUGAAACUACUACUGCUGGAGGUUCAGGUGACAAAACAGACUUAAGGGCGCCUCAAGAUGAAUCACCACCACCAUAUUCAACCUCCCCAGCAUCUACGUCCAGCUCCCCCUGCCCAUCGGUGAGACCCAAGGAGCGCAAGAAGCAGAAGACCCGCCUCAAGAGCAAGCAUCAUGCAGGGAGUACAGAUUCCGUGUUGUUAUUGAGUGAUGACACGACAGAGUAAUGGUUGUAGAACUCUGUCAAGAUUCAUUAUGCUGACUGAUGUACAUCAAAACAUUAAAAAUGCUUGAACCUCCAGAGAAUUUUGUGAAGAGGUGUGGUGUUAGAAAUUCUGACGAGAAGGCUAAUUUGAGUGGUUUACUUUUACAAGUGAUAUGUGUAAGAAUUACCAGAUGUAAGUACAUAUCAUUUCUUUUUUUGUGCUAAAAUUAAUUUGAAAUACAUAUCUUUACCCAAUAUGAAACAUUUGCAAGAAGCACAUUUCCUAUUUACAUGUGGCAGAUGGGUAUAUAUUUUCAUUCAUGUUCCAGUACUGAUAGUGUAUAUUUUUAAUGUUUACACUACUAUUAUAACUACAGUAUUACUUGUAUUAUUAUGUCCAUGUGAUAUCUGAAGAAUGGUAUGAAUCACAUAUCAGCUUUGAACUUACAACAUAAUUGUAUGGUAGUGCAAGAGGAACCCUGUAGCUUGUUAUAAUUCGGCCCUUAUAAUGGCCCCUAAUGGCCCUUAAACCCCCUAAUAGCAGGUGCAAAUAAAGGGGGAAAUUUUGAACGAUAUCUCCAAAACAAAUAAGCAUAGUUGCACAAGAAUUGACAUAAACAUACCUUGAUACCUGGUGAUACUCCCAUUUCUCUUUUGCAAAUAAUAUCUAAAUUAGUUUUGCAUCAAAACCAGUUAUAUGAUUUUAAAUAUACAGUAUGUCAAAAACAGUUAAAAAGAUAUAAAAUUAAAACUUUUGUUGUGUAGGUUCUAGAAUCAUAUCAUAAAUGUAAAUUUUGUAUUAUAACCAAAAUACAGGUAGCUUUAUAGGUCACAAAUUCUUCGUAACUGCAACAGGUGAAAGUGAUGCUAGCCUCUGAUCAAAUAUCUUGGAAUACAACUACCGUAAUUUAAUUGAAAUUGUUUUACAUUUUAUGUUGAAUAAUUACACAUAUUUACUUUGUGCUCUAGCCAAAUUGUGAUCAAUUUAAAAAUAACAUUGUAUACAUAUGCUUGGCAUCCCUUACUCCACCAGUAUAUUCACUAUACAUUACAGUAUAGUCAUCUCUUGCUCUCCACCUUCACCUCACUCACCUCUACCACCACCAUACCAACUGUCACUACAGCUACAACCUCCACUAUAACCACAACCAUAUCUAAAACCACUAUGAAUGCAACCACCACAACCAACACUUACAAACAAAACCAUCUGUAAUCACAACCAUUAUGAACAUUAAAAUCUCUAUAUUCACAACCAAAACUACAAAUACUACAGUACAUUCACUAGAAAAUACCACAUCUACUAGAAACACCAAAAUCACCACUACUACAGCCAGAACCAGAACUCUGCCACAACCUACACUUCAACCACCACCACUUCAACCACUACUAACCACAACAAAUACAAACUCUACCAACACAGACACCACACAACAAUCAGAAUCAAUACAAACACAUUCAUCACCUUUCUAUGUUCAUGAUAAUCACUCAUGCUCAUUACACCAGCUUGUGCUCAUUACAAUACUCUGAAAUCACCGGGCUCCGUCCUCAUUACAUUGUAUUCUGAGAUGUGCCAGAGCAAGUAUACUUUUCUCAACUGACGUCAUGAGAUUGAAAUGUAUCUAAAAUAGGAAUUGAGAUUAUCGAGCCCCGGAAUGGGAAACAAAGGUUAUUCAGCACUAUAGAUUUGUUGGUGCUAUAGAUCUAUUGUACCAAAAUUAUCCAUGCAACGGACUUACUCAUAUAUAUUUCAGAACUAUUUCAAUCAUUUCUUAUUUCACCUCGGCAUGGAUUUUUUUGUUACCAAAGUGAUAUGAUAAUGUGUACCAUGUUUAUUGGGACUAAUGCAGGCCUAUAUCUGCAUAAUACAGUAUUCAAUAUCUUUUCUAUCAACUGUAUUCCAUUCCAGUUAAGUGCUUUGAAAAGAGGUCCAAUAAGCCUCACUAAAAAUGACAGUACAGAAUACCAGUAUUUAUAUAUCUUCAGCUCAUGUUGAGUCAUUUAGAGAAAAUAAUGUUUUCUACUUAACUUGAGCAUUUAGUAACUAUUUCCACAACUGUAUAGUUUAUUGACCCACCAUUUUAUCAAUGAAUAACAAUGUCUUUCUAUCUGCUUCCAACUUCAAGCAUUAGAACACUAUGGAUGUCAAAUGAGAAAGCUAUUGUCAAUCUGAACAGGAAUUUGGGUAAUAGUUGAUAGAGUUUAGAGAUGUGAGAAGUUAAUCUGGUCUGCCUUAACAAUUUUAAUCUUUCAUUCUGGAGAGCAAGUACUGUAUAUGUUACAGUAUAAAGAAAUAGUGUACGACGUAUAUUAACUUUGUAAAGAAAUGCAAAUAAUUCAUAUUAAUAGCCAUCAAUAAUGUUUUGCUAUACCGGCCUCAUUUUGUUAUGCGAUGUAAUUUUACGAGACAUUUCAUAUCAGUAUUAUUUACCAGACAUGCUUUAUCACAAAGCAGUGCCAUUUGAUGUCCACUUCACUAUUUCCACCAUAAGUAAGCCCUUUAAGUAAACACUGUUUUUCCUAUUCUUAAUUUUCUUUCCCUUGUAAUUAUUUGUGUUUUUUCUCUUUCUUCUCUACCUUACAUAUACUUACUGAUCCUUCAAAACAUACAUACAUACAAAAACUAAUACAUACAUGACAUCUCCAGGAAUUUUUUUUUUAAUUUGGAUGAUAAUGUAACAUAUCAAAUUGAUAAAAAUUACAUAUUUUUUAUUUUUUAUAAAAAGCUUGUUUAUAAUGAUGGCAUUUUUUUUUUUAAUUCCCUCUCUUACAUAGUUACAUAUGUUUUAAACCUUAAUAUCACAAGAACUACUAGAAUCCAUUGUACUGAAAUUCUGUAAGGCACAAGCAUUCAUAAAUUCCAAAUAUGUAAGGUAUUAUUUCAUGGAAGUGAUGUAGUUUUACCCUAUUAUUUUCUCGCAUUGAAUUCCUUGGGUAAGAUGAACUUUUAACAGAUUUUGGGUAGAAGUGUCAUAUUUAAAGGUGUUGGAUACAUUAGCCUGAAAUGCUGUGUUAGUGGCUUUGAGAGACUGUACCAAUUAAUCACAAAACCUGUAAUAUC